AUGACCGAUCAAACUCCCAAAAUCACCCUAUACACAUACUUCCGCUCAUCCUCUGCAGCCCGUCUGCGCAUCGCUCUCAAUCUCAAAUCAAUCCCCUACAACUCCAUCCCCGUAAACCUCCUGAAAGGCGAGCAGUCAUCGCCUACCAACCGCGCCCUCAACCCGUCCGGCACCGUCCCAACCCUCGUAGUCGAGCGCUCAGCAUCCCAGGGUGCGACGGUGACCAUCACGCAAUCUAUCGCCGCGCUGGAAUACCUGGAAGAAAUCACCCCGGCAUCAUCCCACGCUCUCCUCCCACCGAUCUCGGACCCGGAGUCCCGUGCAGUCGUCCGUACCCUUUGCGAGAUUAUUGGAUGUGAUGUGCAGCCGGUCACGAACCUGAAGAUUCUGAAGCGAGUUGGCCCGCUGGGAUUCGAUCGGGAGACGUGGUCCAAGGAGCUUAUUGAGGAUGGGUUCCGUGCUUAUGAGACUAUUGUGUCGCGGACGGCGGGAGUAUUCAGUGUUGGUGAUUCCGUCACUAUGGCUGAUGUAUGUUUGCUUCCUGCUGUGUGGGGAGCGCAGCGCUCUGGUGUGAACUUGGCCGAGUAUCCUACUAUACAGCGGAUUGCGGAACGGUUGGAGAUGGAGGAUGCGGUGAAGAAGGCGCAUUGGAGGACGCAAAGUGAUACACCUGAGGAGUUUCGGCUGAAGGAAUCUUCGUAGGUUGUAUUAUCGUGGUCGUGAUAUUGGGGAUUUGAAGGAUUUUACGGGUGUAUGACGACAGAAUGUAUAGGGAUCUUAUAUGUUCU